AUGCAUUCCAUCGCGCUUUUGCUGAUCGCUGCCGCCUUCGGCACGCGGAUUGCGGCUGUCCCUCGUCACCCCAUCAUUCAAGAGGGUGACGACGUAAUUGUGAAUAUAGAGGACGGAGCUCUGAGGGGCGUAGUGGCCACUUCAUUGAACGGCGUUCUCUACAACAAGUUCCUGGGAAUACCGUACGCCACACCACCUCUGGGAGAUCUCCGAUUCCGUGCCCCACAGCCGUCAGCCUCAUGGUCCGGGGUUCGAGACGCGCUGUCCUUCGCGGAUGUUUGCGCUCAGCCCCUCUUUUACGGCCUGAUACCUAUCACUACCGGCUCCGAAGACUGUCUCUACCUCAACGUCUACGCGCCGGCUGCAGAGAGUGGUCCUUACCCCGUCAUGGUCUACAUCCACGGUGGAGCCUUCAAGGGUGGUAGUUCUUCGGGUGCAACUCCGCACAGCUUCGUGGAGAAGGGCGUUGUGCUAGUCACAAUCGCCUACCGUCUCGGAGCCCUUGGUUUCCUGAGCCUGUUGAACGACGACAUCCCGGGCAAUGCGGGUUUCAAGGACCAGGUGCUGGCGCUACAGUGGGUGCAGAGGAACAUCGCAGCCUUCGGCGGAGAUCCUAGCAGCGUUGUCAUAUUUGGGGAAAGUGCAGGUGGCGGCUCCACGUCACAUCUCUUCCUCUCGCCGACCGCCAAGGGACUCUUCAGUGGAGUGAGCAUGGAGAGUGGAGUAGCGGCACCCUGGGCGCUGACAGAUAAACCCCGCGAGAGGGCGUACCGCAUGGCGGAGGCGCUCGGCUUCCAGGCGCAGGGCGAUAACCACACUGACGACGACGACGCGCGGCUGGCUGCCUUCCUUCGCGCCGCCAACUACAGUGAUCUCACCGAUGACGACUCUAUCGCACUCACGGAUUUCGAGAAGCGCUGUCCAAUGGCGCUGGCAUUCCUGCCCGUCGUGGAACCGCCGUCGGACUCAGCGGUGAUCCUCGAGCCUCCAGCGGACGUUCUCAAGGCAGGCAGCUACAACCAGGUGCCCAUCAUGCUGGGCGUCACUUCCGGAGAAGGGGCCGUCGUACUCAUGUUAUCCAAUCUGCUAACACAAGCGGGGAUCGCCGACAUGAAGGAGAACUUCACGGCUCUGGUUGGCUCCCAGCUGCCGCUGCCCACGGAGGAACAGCGGACUCGUGCGGCUGAACAACUGGAGCAGUUCUACUUUGGGGACGAAGGCUUCUCUAUGGACCAGAUGCAAGCUGUUAUUGAUCUGUUUUCCGACUUGUACUUCAUACAACCAGCGGACUCCUUCGCUAGGGCUGUAGCUAACUCCAGCAGUCUACCUAUUCACUUCUAUUACUUCGGGUACAAUGGAACCGGAUCUACAGAUUACGGUAUGGUUCAUGCAGGGGAAAUUCUGUAUCUGUUUCCGACCAACACAUCGGGACCAAUCACGAAUCCUAACUCCAACGACGGGAAGGUGGCAAAUCAGUUGGCAACACUGUGGACCAAUUUCCCCAAAUACGGGGAUCCAGCGCCGUCUGGAAGUCCAGUGGUGUGGGAGAAGUUGACGGAGAAUGCUUCCAACUAUCUGGAUAUGGAAUUGGAAUUUGUGACACGUCAAGACUUGCUUAAGGAACGGAUGGAUUUCUGGAGGGAUAUACUAUCUUCCUGA